UUCAAACACAUCAAUGAUGGCAGCACACACUGACUGACUGACGGACGGAGCACAGCACGGACCCUGGUUCUGUUCAAGGCCGGAUCCCUGGUCGGUUGGCGCUGAGAUGGACCGAUGGGUUGACGUUGCUGCUACCAGUUGACUGUACUGUACUGUACUGUACUGUACUGUGCUGUGAGAUAGCUCUGCGCUCCCUCAUCAACCACCUCCAUCUCCAUCUUCAUCGCCAUCCCACCUCCCCGCCAGCUAAUUCCUCCUGGCUAAUUCUCCUCCGCCUUCUUCUGCCCGCCCACUCCUAUACCAAGCUUACCUACCUACUCACCCCUCGCUCCCACCGUCUAUAUCAAUCCGCAGCUGCCCGCCGCGACACCGCCAAGGCAGCAGCCAUUCCUACUCUUUUCUGUCCCGCCCUCCCCAGAAGACAUCAUGGCGCGGAAUGUCAAUGUUGGCAAGCAGGAGAAUGAUCUCCAAAUCAACAUCCGCAAGGCCACGAGCCUCGAAGAAACGGCGCCCAAGCGAAAGCAUGUCCGUGCUGCCAUCGUCUACACUUGGGACCACAAGAGCUCUGCCUCUUUCUGGCAGGGCAUGAAGGUCCAGCCCAUCAUGGCCGACGAGAUCCAGACGUUCAAGGCCCUCAUCACAGUCCACAAGGUCCUUCAGGAGGGUCACCCCACAGCUUUGAAGGAGGCGCAAAACAACGUGGAUUGGCUCACAAGCUUGGCACGUGCGAACUCAGCUGGCGAGGGCUUGCGAGGCUACGCGAAACUUAUCCAGGAGUACACAUACUUUCUAGCCGCGAAGCUUGCUUUCCACCGUCAGCACCCGGAAUUCAAUGGAACGUUCGAGUACGAGGAGUACAUAAGCUUGAAAUCAAUCAACGACCCGAAUGAAGGCUACGAGACCAUUACCGACUUGAUGACGCUGCAAGACCAAAUCGAUGCGUUCCAGAAGCUCAUCUUUUCACACUUUAGGGGGGGCGCAAACAACGAGUGCCGAAUCUCUGCUCUCACUCCAUUGGUGCAGGAGAGUUAUGGCAUCUACAAGUUUGUCACAAGCAUGUUGCGGGCCAUGCAUACCACAUUGGGCGACGACGAAGCGCUCGCGCCUCUACGUGGUCGAUAUGACGCACAGCAUUAUCGACUAGUCAAGUUCUACUACGAAUGUUCCAAUCUCAGAUAUCUUACGAGUCUGAUUACGGUACCAAAGCUGCCCCAAGAUCCUCCAAACCUCCUAUCCGAAGACGAAUCCGCUCCAGCUCUCCCCGCACGACCCAAAGGCGAAGAGCCUGCUCCUGCCCCUCGUGCUGCCGAGGCUGUUGAUCCAGAGCCAAUCAAUGAGUUCUGGAAGAGCGACCAGAAGAGGCAACAAGAAGCUUAUGAGGCUGAGCAACGGAGACUCGCGGAACAAUGGGAAGCGAACCAGCGAUUGCAGCAAGAACAGGCUAUGCAGGCACAGCGGGAUUUUGAGGAGCAGCAGCGAUUGCAGGCUGAACAGGCUCGUUUGAAUCAGGAAGCACUUUUGCGCGACCAAUAUCAGCAGCAAACCCAAGGCCGUCUUGCAGAGCUCGAGCGGGAGAACCUCAACGCGCGGGCCCAAUACGAACAUGAUCAAUUGAUGUUGCAACAAUACGAUCAGCGUAUGAAGGCUCUGGAGGGCGAAAUUAACCAGAUGAACACCAAUUUCCAGCAACAAAUGUCAUCGCGUGACGACCAAAUUCGAGCUCUGCAAGAGCAGCUAAAUACUUGGAGAUCCAAGUAUGAAUCUCUUGCCAAGCUCUACUCGCAAUUGCGACACGAACAUUUGCAACUGUUGCAGAAGUUCAAGACUGUGCAACUCAAGGCAAACUCGGCCCAGGAAGCUAUAGAUGCGCGCGACAAGCUACAGAGGGAACUCAAAACGAAGAAUCUUGAACUGGCCGAUAUGAUUAGGGAACGAGACCGGGCCAUGCUGGAGAAGGACCGCAACACGGGGGGUCAUCGCGAGGAAAUUGAGAAACUCAAGCGCGAACUUCGGUCUGCAUUGGACAGGGCCGAAAACUCAGAACGCGGCAAGGGCUCCGAACUGUCGGCCAUGCUGUCUCGUCACAAUCGUGAAAUCGCCGAUUUGGAGGAGGCGCUCAGAAACAAGACUCGCGCUCUAGAGGACAUGCAAAUGAAGUACAGAGAAGGCGAUUCGGAUCUGGAGCGUCAACUUCGCGAGAAGGAGGAGGAACUAGAGAUCUUCCGAGCUGGAAUGGACCAAACCUUGCUUGAGCUGAACGAUCUCAAGUUGAACCAGGGAACGAACAAUGAUGUCUCGGAUGAAUAUCUCGCUACUCUUGUUGGAGACAACCUCCAGAAGAUCAACGAGAUCAUUGAUUCGGUACUCCAAGCUGGGGUUCAGCGCAUUGACGAUGCUCUGUACGAACUAGACUCUUCGAUGCAUGCUGGUAACCAAAAUGCCUCGGGUGCCUUUGUCUUGUCACAGAUCGAAAAGGCCUCCACAACUGCCAUGGACUUCGCGACUGCAUUCAACGGAUUCAUUGCUGAUGGUCCCAAUGCGACCCACUCGGAGGUAAUCAAAACGGCCAAUGCUUUUGCUGGCGCCAUGGGAGAUGUCUUGAGCGACACGAAAGGUCUCACACGAUUCGCUUCUGACGACAACAAGUCGGAUGCGCUUAUCAAUGCCGCGCGAACUUCUGCCACAGCAACCGUCAAAUUUUUCCGCAAUAUCCAGUCUCCACGCGUGUACGGCCUCGACGAGGAGGGCAAGUUCAACGUGGUCAUCAACAAUAACGCCGAGGUACUCCGCAACCUCCAAAGUCUGUCCAAGCUCGCAGAUGCCUUCGCGCCCAAGAGCAAGAUCACCAAUGCCUCAGGGGAUCUUGGCGAUUUGGUAGACAACGAACUGACCAAGGCAGCCAACGCCAUUGCAGCGGCCGCCGAUCGUCUAGCUAAACUCAAGAACAAACCGCGUGACCAAUUCUCGACCUACGAGCUGAAGAUUCAUGAUUCCAUCUUGGAAGCCGCUAUCGCCGUCACGAAUGCCAUUGCUCAGCUCAUCAAGGCGGCUACCGUUUCGCAACAAGAAAUUGUUCGCGAGGGUCGAGGCAGUAUGAGUGUAACACAAUUCUACAAGAAACACAACAGGUGGACUGAAGGACUCAUCAGUGCUGCCAAGGCUGUUGCGUCUUCUACCAACACACUUAUCGAGACUGCAGAUGGCGUUAUCUCGGGUCGCAACUCUCCCGAGCAGCUCAUUGUUGCCUCUAACGAUGUUGCAGCUUCUACUGCUCAACUCGUCGCAGCUAGCCGUGUGAAGGCCAGCUUCAUGAGCAAGACGCAAGACAACCUUGAGAAUGCCAGCAAGGCCGUCACCGCAGCGUGCCGUGCGCUUGUCAGGCAAGUGCAAGCUAUUAUUGCGCAGAAGAACAAGGACGAUGGCGAGGUCGUGGAUUACACCCAGCUUAGCGAUCGCGAGUUCAAAGUUAGGCAGAUGGAGCAGCAGGUCGAGAUUUUGCAGCUCGAGAAUGCACUUUCCGCUGCAAGAUCUAGAUUGGGUGAGAUGAGGAAACUCUCAUACCUUGAGGAGUAACGAUUAUGAGUCUCGCAGCUUAAACCGUCCUUACAAGUGUAUAUCACUGUGAAAAACUUGUCUUCAUUCAUUUCUGGAAAAUCAUUGCGCGUUGAGUUUGUGU